GCCACCCCGCCACACUCACCCAAACCCCACCCGCUCCCUUCCCCUCCCUCCGCCUUCUCCACCCUACCAAACCAAACCCUAGCUAGCGGAGCGGAGGCGCGAGCGUCGAGCGGCGAGCGGCGAGGAGAGGCCCGAUGGCGGACAAGCUUCGUGAGCUCACUCACAGGUUCCGGGCCGCGCGGGCCGACGGCAGGCUUCGGCUCCCCUGGGACUGGGAGAAGCCGAUGCCGUACCGGGUGUUCUACUCGCCAAGUAAAGGGUGCAUCACCGUAACAGAUCCCUAUCCGGCCAGCCGAGACCCCAACGAAGGCAACCGGCACAGGGACAAGCCACCAAUGUCAACGCGCGUGAGGCGGGGACUCCAGGCUAUUGACCAAUGGCUUGAGCUACCAGACCUGGCCCGCAAGGUGCUUAUCAAGGGCGGUAAGAUUGUGGGCACUGGGGUGACAGCAGUUGGUGUCUGCCGCAUCGGCUACUUUGAGUUCAAGCGGCUCAGGGAGCAGGAUGGCUCUGAACCUGUCAGGGAUGGGUAUGAACAUGCAAGGGCAAGUGUCCUUUCCUACAUCCAGGGGCAGCCGUGCCAAGACCCCAGCGCCACGUUUAUCCAGAGCAUCAAGGACCUCUGCAACCCAUUCUACAGCUACAAGAAGCCCGCCAAUGAGGAACCCACCAAGAGCCCGACCAAGAAGCCUGUGGAGGGGAAGAGCACCAGGGAUAUAGAGGAGACGGCAGCAGCAGCAAAGGCCAAGAGGUUCUCUGAGUUCCAGAGGCAGAAGUUGGACCGUCUCGAACAUUCCAAGAGGAAAGGUGACAAGGACAAGGACAAGGAGAAGAGUCAGAGCAAGGGCAGUGCUGCUGGGCAGGGCCCUGAAGCGGCGCCGAAGAAGUAGGAGCGGUUGACAAGGUAAUAGUCGAUGUAGAAAACAUGAGUGACCUGGUUUUGGCAGAGCAACUGAAGAGCUUAGGUGAGAGUGUGCAAACGAAUACCUGUAGUGUAGGUUGAACCUGAGUGGGUUCUGUCUUUUUACCGUGGCGCUGCGCCCAAGUAGGUGGGUGAAGUAACAGGAGACUCUUUUUUCACCGUGCGGAACAUAUAGGAUGUGGGUUCGGGGUUCUUUUAUUUGCCUGAAGAUGUACAAAUCAGGAUAGUUUGAAUCGCGGGGAGGUGCGUUCUGUCCUUUUACCACUUGCAUGAAUGAUGAAUUGGUGGUGUGUGUUUGAACACUACACCAGGAUUAUGGGGGUGAUGAUUUUGGCUCCGUAAUACAAUUGCGGGGGUCUUUUCCUCCAUUGAUUUGA